AUGGCGCUCGUCGACCUGAAGUUGAUCUACUUGGUGUUCCUGUCGGUCCUUGCACCUCUAAUUUCAGCCUUGGGACAGCAACAGAUCGUUUCCUUCGAGAAUCCCUCGGGCAGCUUUCAGAUCGCUGGCGGAGAUGUAGGGACAGGCCAAAUUCUGGUGUCUGACGAUGAUUAUUGGGGAGUCAUUCGAGCUGCUGGCGACCUGACUUUGGACUUUGGGCGGGUCACGGGCACGAAUUAUACGCUCAGUAAUGGUGGAAACAGCUCUAAGCCUGCCGUCUACACCUUCUCCCCGGUGGAUGUCAGCAACAACACCGCCUAUCGGGUUCUAGAUGAGCAAUCCUUCUCCGGUCCCAAAUACGCUAAUCCCACUCCCGAGCGCACCGUUAUCAUUGUUGGCACCAUUGGACAUUCAAAGGUCAUUGAUGGCCUUGUCAAGGCUCAAAAACUCGACACGAGUGAGGUUGAGGGACAAUGGGAGUCCUUUGUCAGCCAACUAAUUGACGCGCCUGUUCCGGGAUGCUCCCGGGCUCUUGUCAUUGCAGGCAGCGACCCCCGAGGCACCAUUUACGGCAUUUACGACGUCAGCGAGCAGAUCGGAGUAAGCCCUUGGUACUUCUGGGCCGAUGUGCCGUCCAAGAAAGCUACCGAGAUUUACGUCCUGCCCGAGCGCAAGGUACAGGGGUCUCCCUCGGUCAAGUAUCGUGGUUUCUUUAUCAAUGAUGAGCAGCCAGGCCUAUCGAGCUGGGUCUCGACGAAAUGGAACGAUACCUGGAACCAUGCCGCCGGAUACAACUACCAUUUCUACGGUCUUGUGGGCGAGCUUCUGCUGCGUCUUCGCGCCAACUAUCUCUGGCCGGCCCUCUGGGGAAGCAUGAUCUACGUUGACGACCCGCUCAACCAACCCCUCCUCGACGCAUACGAAGUUGUUCUCGGUGGUUCCCACACAGAACCUCUCAUGCGCGCUCAGAACGAAUUCAAAACAUUCUACCAAGGCCAAUGGGCAUAUAACCUCAACAACAAGACCAUUAACGACUAUUUCCGGUAUGGCGUGCAGCGUGCCAAGCCUUAUGCUCGGAACAGCUUGUGGACUAUGGCCAUGCGAGGUACGGGUGAUACUGCCAUUGAGGGCAACCUGGGAGUCGAGGGCAUCGUCAAGAUGUUGGAGGAGCUUGUGGCCAAUCAGCGAACCAUCAUCGAACAAGGCCUUGAAAUCGAUAGUGCCUCUGACGUUCCGUCCUUGUGGUGUCUCUACAAAGAAGUCCAGUCGUACCAGGAGCAGGGCUUGGUCGUGCCCGAGGACAUCACCCUUCUGUGGGCCGACGACAACUGGGGCAAUGUUCGAAGGCUGCCUUUGGUGAAUGAGACAGGCCGCAGCGGCGGUGCUGGAGUCUAUUACCACUUUGACUAUGUUGGCGACCCGCGCGACUACAAGUGGAUCAAUACAAUCCAGCUGGAGAAGACAGCCGAGCAGAUGUCUUUGGCUUAUGCUCGGAAUGCUCGCAGGAUCUGGAUUGUCAACGUCGGCGACUUGAAGCCGCUCGAGAUCCCCAUCAGCCACUUCUUCGACCUCGCUUAUGACACCAAUAAAUGGGGGGUUGAUGGCACCGGCAAAUGGCUUGGAGCAUGGGCGGCCAGAGAAUUUGGCGGCAACUACGCAGACAACAUUACGUCCAUCUUGACGCGGUAUGGCAUGUAUGCUGCUCGUAGAAAGUAUGAGUUGGUCGAGCCCAACACAUACUCGGUCAUCAAUUACAAUGAAGCGGAAGCUGUUUUGGGGCAGUGGGCCACUCUUCGAGAGGAGGCUCAGACCGUGUACGAUACCCUCCCGAAAGAGUAUCAAGCGGCAUUCUUCGAGAUGGUCUUGCAUCCGAUCUCAGCUGGCGAGAUCCUUCACAAAAUCCAGAUCAACGGCGCGAAGAACCAGCUCUUUGCAGGACAGAAGCGUAACUUAGCCAACGAUAUCAUUGACGAGUCCAGGACCUUGCUUGAUGCGGACGCUGGAUUGACCGUCCGGUGGAAUGAGCUUCUCGACGGGAAGUGGCAGCAUAUGCUUGAUCAAACUCAUCUUGGAUAUGACGGUUACUGGCAGCAGCCGAUGCGGAAUACCCUCCCUGAUAUGCGCUAUGUCCAGACAGCCUUCCCAUCACUGGGUGGCCAGAUCGGUGUUGGCGUGGAGGGGUCCAAUGCCAGCGUUCAGGGUGACGACAAGUGGCACACCAACUCUGCCAAUGACCUCGCCGUGCCCCCGCUGGACCCCUACGGAGCUAUCUCGCGAUAUUUUGAGGUUUUUACGCGUGGCAAUACAGCAUGUACUUGGGUGGCCAGUCCAUGGCAACCAUGGGUCAAGCUUUCCCAGUACAACGGCACGGUUGGCGGCGACAAUGGUACAGACAGCCGUGUCUGGAUCUCGAUCGACUGGGAAAAUGCACCAGCAGCUCCCAACGCGACCCAGGUUUACAUCAAUGUCACAACGCCGUGUGUAGGCAAAGAGAAAUAUUCUGGACAGGGACAGAGAGUCAUCGUGCCGGUUGUCAACCGUGCCGUGCCGGCAAACUUUACCAAGGGUUUCGUAGAAUCUGAUGGGCAUGUGUCUAUCGAAGGACCGCACUAUCAGAAUGUCAUUGAGCCCAGCAACUCCACUAGCUCAAGCAGCAGCAGCAGCAAGCUCGAGUACCACUUGUUUGAAGACUACGGCCGCACCUUGGGUGGAGUUGGCUUGUAUCCGCCAGAAUCGGAGAAGGUCAAGCUCGGCGAGGGCCCGGCGCUGGAGUACCAAGUGUAUCUCUUCACUAACACCAGCAAGGCGAACGUCACGCUCUAUAUCUCACCCACUUCCAAUUAUCUCGGCGACGGGAACCCCCUCGAGUACGGUAUUUCGCUGUACCCAACUGGUGGGAAUGCGCCGCAGCCCAAGACAGUCCAGCCUGUGGGCAAGACACAGGGCCAGAACAUGCCCAAUGGCUGGGGAUAUGCCGUGGGGGAUGCCGUCUGGGGACUCACUGGCAACUAUACGACAACGUCUUUUAACGUGACUCAGGAGGGCGCGCAUACGCUGCGCAUUUGGGCGCUCCUGCCGAACAUCAUUGUGCAAAAAGUUGUGGUUGACCUGGGUGGUGUGAGAAAGUCGUACCUGGGACCUCCCGAGAGUUUCUUGCUUGGCCGUGAUGAACAGGGCACUGUCAAGCGAACCGCCUUCACAGAGACGCCUGGUAUCGUUGGAGGGACAUCGAACUGA